CCGAAAUUAUUUCGAUUCACUUGUGAUCCAGCCUCGUACCUUGUCAUUCGUUCCACGCCUUCUUCUCCCUCAAAUUGUUGGAGAUUCUCCCUUCGCUGCAGGUCUUGCAUUCACUCUAGCAUGACCGGAUAGGAUCUCUGCAAGAAUGGCUCAGCCUUCGACUCCUACUACUGGACCCCCCUCCAUUUUUGGAACCUCAACGGACAACCGACUUGCUCCUGCGAACGUCCUGACCCCUGGCUCUGCCACUUCUUCCAAUAAUACCUUCCUGAUGCCCAAUUCCCCCGUCAAGGGUCGGCUGAGUAUGGAAGGCUAUCGCCCAAAGGUCACCAGGACUCUCGGACAGCGACCAGCCUGCUUGGUGAACGCUUCGGUCACCUACUGCGGAAACAACCAGAUCUAUGCCUUUGGUGGCUUCGAUCAAUAUACUGAUGAGGUCUACAACCAUGUCCUGAAGCUUGAUAUGAUUAGCCAUCAAUGGAGUCUUGUUGACAAUUACGGCGAUAUUCCAGGGGUUCGUAUGGGUCAUACUGCCACACUGCAUCAGGGCGAUAAGUUGCUUAUAUUCGGCGGCGAGAACGAACAUCGAACUUACCUCUCAGACCUCAUUAUCUUCGAUCUCAAGACUGCGCAUUGGACACAACCCGCUGUCACUGGCCCUAUCCCGAAAGGCCGUGCUAGACAUGCUGCGGUUCUACACGAAGACAAGCUGUUUAUCAUUGGGGGAAUCACUGGUCACAACAAUUAUGUCUUGGAUGAUAUCUGUUACUUGGACCUCAAGACUUUUACCUGGUCGCGAGCUUGGAGAUUUGUUGGCAGAUUCGACCAUUCCGCAUAUCUAUGGGGCGACCGAGUCUGGGUCUUUGGUGGAUUGAGUGAGGAUAUGGACAAGAUUGGCGAUAUCUGGUGGCUAGACUUGAAGGGUAGUCCUGCUUUCGAAUCACUUCCCAGCAUGGGCUCAAUGGAUCGUCAUUCAGCUCUCACUCGUAUGGGUGGUUCACCACGGCCAUCAUAUGCCAUGGCACCGCCUGCGGCUGUUGGGAGCUCUGGAUAUGCUGCAAAUUCAAGCAGUGCACAAGUCAAUCCACCUUCCUUUCAGCUCACCAGCACACCACCCAUUGCACCCGGUACCAUUUCUUCACUAAAGUUCGUAUCUGGUCCAAAUAUCCCAGCACAAGGCUCUGGCAUGCAUUUCCAUGUCUAUACAUCUGGAACUUUGCUGGACUUUGUCACUCCUGCUGCAACUAUUACUCCUCAAGAAUGCUCCUUGUCAUCCCUAGAGCUUGACACUCUACGCUGGCAGAAAUUGGCGGAGGGCCGAGAUAUAUUCAAGCCCGGAUACAGAUGGCAUUAUUGCACCAUGAACGAGGAUGGCACCAAGGCAUGGCUUCUGGGCUGUCCAACAGACCCCACUGCUACAGAUCUAGGACCAGGUGGCUUUGAAGAAUAUCUGAGCGAUAUUAUGGAAAUCGAUCUCCGUCGUUAUGGUAUCAUUGGAAACAACCUUACCCCACCCCCUCCUGUAGAUACAUCACGAAUGCUGCGAUCUGCUGAGCGCAUGGCCCCACAACCGUCGAAAGGUCUCGGAUCAGAUCUUGCAAAACUUUUCAAUCAAGCUCCAGAGAGUGGCAGUGGUACCGACUUCACAAUUACGGCUUUGAAAGAUGGCGAUUGGGAUGACGAUGAAUUGAUGAGUUCGUCAAUGCUGCGUAACGACGAAGAAAACCAACAGACGUGGCUCGAUUCGAAUGCCACCACAUCACCUCCGAUCCACGUUCACAAACUCAUUCUUCAAGCUCGAUGGCCCCAUUUCGCAAGACUGUACAGUGCUCAGAUGGCAGAAUUUCACACAAAGAAGAUGCACAUCCCAGAACCCUAUACUGUUGUCAAGGCAUUCCUCUAUUAUCUCUAUACGGAUAGUAUUCAGCCUGAAGACUGUGGCGCGUUGAGCGAUGUUGCAGGUCUACUGGUCAUGUCGAACAUAUACAACAUCCCUCAUCUUCGACUUCUUUGCGUCAAUCGUCUCUCGAAAGAAUUGGAUGUUGAGCAUGCCUGCAUCAUCUGGCACUGCGCCGGUAUUGCGAACGAAGAGUGGCUUCGUAGACGUGCUGCUAAUUUUUGCUUGAUGCACUGGGGCCGAGUUGUGCGUACACAGGGAUUCAUGAAGCUUCCUCGUCAAGCACUACUUGAGAUUAAUCAGGAGAUCGACACGGAAGGUCGGGUUGUAGGAGGAGAUGAGUUAGAGUACGUUGGCGGACUUGGUGGCUCUCGAUUCGGCUUCGGUGGUGCGGCUCGCAAGGCCAGCAUCAGCAGUAAUCAGACACAGCAAAUGGGAUCCGAGGUUGACGAGAACGAGGAAAUGGAAAUGAACUGACGAUGAACGCUGCCAUGUGCAUUAUGAGGUGCAAAUGGCGUUCUGGCUUGUAAAGGGUGGUGUUUGAUUGUACACCGGGGGCAAAUUCCGAUCAGAGACAGCGAUUGCAUUGCUUAGGCGUUCAACGAUUGGCAGAUAUGGAGUGGUUGCUUUGCCUUAUUAGUGAGAUACCUACAUAGUGAUCCGUCGAAUGGAUAUAUUACUUGCAGGCGUUUGUUCGCCAGGC